ACGCUCCGACAACAAACAAAAGAUCGAGCCUAGCCGAGCUUAUUAUACUUUAGUCGAUCCGCCUGGACUAACGCUUUUGUUACUUUGCUGUUCAACCGGACCUGUUCGUCUGUGUCUCAGCCGCUCUCAUCAGAUCCUUUCUUGCAGAUAUUGUUCCCCGUAGUGUCUGUGUUGUGGCUUUGUGUCAGCUAAUGUCAACCUGAGCCAUUUCAGCGAUCAGUUCGGCUAAACACGUUAGCCAGGUUAGCUUCUAGGCUAACCAGCUCUGGCUGCCUCAAUACGAACCAGCGAAGCCAGUUAGCUUAGCCUCCUAGCUAGCUAGCUUUGCUAACCCCCUUUAAAACUCGACACUGACCGACUCCAGCGGUUCUGGCUUGUUACUGACAAGCCACUUCACUAAAAGCCGUGUGAUAGCCAUGUCUGGACAGUCGACGGGCUGUGGGUUUCUGAUGUCGGUCGUUGUCCACGGAGACUCGGCUCUGAACGAGCAGGAAAAAGAGCUAAACCAGCGACUUCGACGGCUCUAUCCGGCCGUUAACGAAAACGAGACCCCGCUUCCACGCUCCUGGAGCCCGAAGGACAAGUUUAGCUACAUUGGACUGUCCCAGAACAACCUCCGCGUUCACUAUAAAGGUCAUGGGAAGACCCCUAAGGAUGCUGCGUCUGUGCGAGCCACCCACCCCAUCCCCGCCGCCUGUGGCGUUUACUACUUUGAGGUGAAGAUCAUCAGUAAAGGCAGAGACGGCUACAUGGGGAUCGGCCUCUCAGCUCAGGGUGUAAAUAUGAACAGACUCCCUGGUUGGGACAAGCACUCUUAUGGUUACCACGGCGAUGAUGGCCACUCCUUCUGCUCAUCCGGCACCGGGCAACCGUACGGCCCCACGUUUACAACGGGCGACGUGAUUGGCUGCUGCGUCAACCUCAUUAACAACACCUGCUUCUACACAAAGAAUGGCCACAGCCUAGGUAUCGCCUUCACAGACUUGCCACCAAACCUGUACCCGACCGUCGGCCUUCAGACGCCAGGCGAGGUGGUGGACGCAAACUUCGGCCAGCACCCGUUCGUUUUUGACAUCGAGGACUACAUGCGAGAGUGGAGGACGAAGAUCCAGGCCCAGAUCGACAGAUGCCCCAUCGGAGAGCGGGAGGGCGAGUGGCAGUCCAUGAUCCAGAAAAUGGUGGCUUCGUACCUGGUGCACCACAGCUACUGCGCCACCGCCGAAGCCUUCGCCAAGUCCACCGACCAGGCCGUGCACGAGGAACUCGCCUCCAUCAAAAACAGACAGAAGAUCCAGAAGUUGGUGUUGUCGGGUAGGAUGGGCGAAGCCAUCGAGACCACCCAGCAGCUGUACCCCAACCUCCUGGAGAGGAACCCAGACCUCCUCUUCAUGCUCAAGGUGAGACAGUUCAUAGAGAUGGUGAACGGGACGGACAGCGAGGUCCGGUGUCUCGGGGGACGCAGCCCCAAGUCUCAGGACAGUUACCCCGGCUCUCCCCGGCCCUUCAGCAGCCCCAGCCACAAAGCCAGCAGCUCCCAGCCCUACCUCACAGGGUUUGACAGCAACUGCUGUAACGGCGUGACGUCCAAUAAGAGCCACAGCUCCUCCCCCCUCAAUCACAAGCCCUGCCCCCCCAGCUCUGGCGCCGCCCUGCAGGGCUCUGACGUCAGCCUGAACGGCAGCCGCAGCCAGCAGCCCAUCACCAGUAAUGAUGUGGACAUGGAGGUCGACCACUUCACCAACGGCAUGACCGAGUCCUCCUCCAACGGCUUUCUGAACGGCACCUCCAAACACGCCACGGAGCCCGACGACUGCGACGCAGACAUGGAGGUGGAGUCGGCCCAGUCCAAGAGGCAGCUGUGUGGCGGGAGCCAGGCGGCCAUCGAGAGGAUGAUCCACUUCGGCAGGGAGCUGCAGAGCAUGAGUGAACUCCGCCGGGAAUGCGGCAAGAACUCCGCCAACAAGAAGAUGCUGAAGGAUGCGUUCAGCCUGCUGGCGUACUCCGACCCCUGGAGCAGCCCGGUGGGCUACCAGCUGGACGCCGUUCAGAGAGAGCCGGUCUGCUCCACUCUCAACAGUGCAAUAUUAGAGACUCACAACCUCCCGAAGCAGCCCCCCCUGGCUCAGGCCGUGGGCCAGGCCGCCCAGUGCCUCGCCAUCAUGGCACGAACUGGCAUCGGCUCCUGCGCCUUCGCCGCAGUGGACGAUUACCUGCACUAGCCACAUGUACACACACACACACACACGCACACACACACACAUUCUGAAGGCUCACACAGAAAGCUUCCUCCCCUCUCUGCUGGAGAACCCGGCGAGGUCAGAGGUCGUUUCUGGAUGGACCUUCAGAGAUCGCCACAUUAAAAUGAACCGACCACCUCCAUCGUCGUAAAUAAUAACCUUCACCCUGGUCCUCAGAGGCGGCCAUGUUUGCAUCCUCUUGACAGGGAGAGGAAGUGGGGGUUUGGCUUUCAAAAUAAAGAAGUACUCUGAGAGGCGAACUCGUGACUCAAAGCCGAAACACAAAAAAACCUGGAUCAAACUUAAAAAAAAAAAAAAAGUUCCCAUUGAGCGCUGAGGAAAGCGCUCCGCCGCAGCCAAUCGCAGCCCUCCACCCUCUCUGCACCCCCGCCCUCCACUCACCCCGGGACGCGGCGCAGGCCCGGUGCUUUGGACUCGGGACCUCGAGGAAACCAGACAGAAUCUGCAAGUCUCGACUUUCCCGUUUUUAAUCUUCUGUUUAGUUUUUUUUUUUUUUUUUUUUUGAGCAAUUUGUGGAUAGGGGGCGCUGUGGAGGAGGUUCUCCUGCCGCCUCUUGUUUGGUUUUAGUUUGUUUGUUUUCCCAGGUUUACAAGGCAUGGUGCAGACCAUAAUGAUGAUUAUUAUUAUUAUUCUAAUUAUCAUUAUAAUUAUUGUUACUUGCAUCCACAGUAUAUUUGUUGAGCGCCAGCCAGAGCGAGUUCCACCGACUUAUUAUAAUAAAGGUCCCGAUUCCACCGACUCCCCAGUGACCAGCGUGUGUACAUGUAAACGUUUUCUAUAUUACAAAGUGGAAAUAUAUCAAUAGAGCGACAUAUUUAGUUACUAAAAUAAUAAAAAAAGAGAGAGAAACCUUUAAUACGUUUCCUGACACCAGCAGACCCCUGAAGCAGGCUGGUUGUGUCCAGUUUUUUCUGUUUGGGUUUCUGAGCAGGCAGUAAAGGGACGACUACAUCAGGCCCAGAGCUCUCGGCUGUGAAGCUGCUCAAACUCAACGUUUGUUUUCCUGCUUUAUUUUCUGCUUUUUGACCCGAAGAACUCAGGAGCCAGAGUGACGUUUAGUUUCUCCUCCAACCAAUCAGCUGAUGUGUGCCUCAUAUCCGACACAUAAACCCGGUUCGGAUCAGAACCGGCAGACCUGAGGCCUGUACUCCCAGGCAGGAUUACUGUUUAACCGACUUUAAGCUCCACAUUCUUCCACCUUGAUUAUUUAAAAAAUAUGCAAAACUAGAGAAAUCAAUAACUGAACAUCUCUUGGAAACUUAAACCAAAGUUAAUUUAAUCUGAUUUUAAAAGUUCAAAACGUGGUUAAAAGAAUUGUAAAAAAAAAAUCCCACUGGAUUUGCAGCUAGUUGUUGUUAAUCUGACAUUAUUAAGAGGAUCUGAAAUUGACCAAAGUAAUCUAUUCCAAAUAUCAAAAUUACAGAUUUUGCUCCCAAACUAAGUUAAGUAUUUUCCAACUGCCUAAAAUAUAAACUAGGUUGAUUAAAUUCAGCAUAAAUGGCCACAAUGUGACCAAAUUUGGCUUCAAAAUCUAAUAAAAUGUCACUAAAACUGUAUUAUGUAAUUAAUGCAGAAUGGACUAAAAUCAUAGGAAGCGUCACAUUUUGUGCCGAUUAGCUCUUUGUAAUAAUGUGGCGCAUUAUUUAAUAAACCACAAACCAGAGUUUUUGUUCAUCCUGAUAAAAAUCAUGUUUAAAUUUAAACUUUGGACAAAAAAUGCUGAAGUUUUGCUCUUUUAGUUUUCAGACUCAAAACAGUUCAUGUCGAUUUUAAUAUGUUGUUCAAAUGAGAAACUUUUUUGUUUUAAAUGCAUUUUUCAUCUUGUAGCGAUCCUGAUGGUUCUGGACCCGUCACUAUCCUCUGCAGGGCCAACAGUAGUUACUGUUCAGUUUCUAAAAUCUGAGCUUUUCUUCUUUCAUUCAUAGAUUGGAGAAGGUGUGAGAACCGCAUCAUGUUGCGUUUGGUUUUUAAUAAAAUGAAUCAUUUCCAUGGCUUGAUGCUGUUUAAAUUCAUCCAUAACAACUUUGACUAAAUAUGUAACAAAGAUGAAGUUAAACCAAUUCAAAAACGUUGAAAACAAUUAAAGUUCGAGACUGAAGAGUGAAAUGUAGAAGGAGAAAUGAUGCAAACUUUGGGUUUCUUCAGGGUUUUAGAUCCUGGAGAUGUUUGGAAGAAGAGAAUAAAGUCUGGAUCCAUUUAUGGGGAAAAAUACUUCAUUUAAUCAAUUUUAUGGUUUGACCAAAGAUUAACGCUGAGCCAAAUGGAUCAGAACCACAAGCAACCAGAACAGAAUGAAAGGUAAUUAAGUCAAAAGUGAUAUUUGAGCUUUUUUGAUCAUUGUUUUGCUCCAUAAUUGAUUAAAUCUUUAACAAUCGAGAAAUUAACGGAUAUAUGAUGAUUAAAUACAUAAAGCUUUGAAAAAUUAAGUCUGAGAGACAUGAAUGAAUGAAUUUAGUUUUUAGUUACUGAAGGUGCAUCUCAACAAAAACCAACAUUAAAUAUAUCACUUCAUGUUUAUUCUGAAUAUUUGACAAAAGCAUAGAAAAAACAAAACAAUGAAAAUAAUAAAGUUCCUCUUAAUCCUGCUCCAAAGUACAGAUCUCAGGUCUGAAAGUUGAAGCAAAUCCAAAGGAAAUUCAUGAAGGAUGAUAUUUUAUCUUUGAGGUUUUAAAAUCGCAGAUUGAAGAAUCUGAUCAUGAACAUCUGAAUUCAUCAGCUCCCAGUCCAACUCAGCGUAGAUCUAGAUGAGCCUUUUAUAUAGAAGCAGCAGCUCCAGAAAAUGAAACCAUCUCGUCUUUGAGUCAAACCAGUUUCUGACUGCAGUAAUGACAUUUAGCCAACUGGAAAGCACGGCGGUGGCAGUAUCAUGUUCUGAAAACAACAGGAGCAGGAAAAAACAAAGCAUUUCUGAACCCAACUGGUCGCUCGAGCGUUCAGCGACUUUAAACCAAUCAGCUCUGGAAGGAGACGACGCCGCUGCGUUUUAAUUCGUCUGGUUCCCAGAACUCAUCCAGGUGGAACUAAUCUGUUCUCUAUCAUCUUGUUUUCCUUUUUUAUCCUUAUUUUUUGCAGCUCACAAGCAGUCAGAAAAAAAAAACUCUUUAGACAAAGUGUCUGUUGUCUCUUUCUGAGUAAGGUCUGAACCUAUGCAUGCCAUAGUAAGUGGUGGUAAGAUCCAGCUAGAUGUCUCCUUUCUUUCGGUUCUCCUCCUUUUAGCCAGGAAGAUGUCAACCAGUAAGUUGUCCACUGCUGACUGUGUGUCCAUUGGAGAUGAUUAAAAAUGUGCAAUUUG